AUGACCAUUCUUCAGCCACGCAUUCUUGACAUUCGUCGGAGCAAAUUUGAAGAUUCUAUAGCUGAUCAAGUCAAAUCUGGACUGUCACAGACACCCAAGACUCUUCCGGCGCUGCUCUUCUAUAGUGAUGAGGGAAUUCGACACUGGAUUCAACACUCCACCGCGUCAGACUUCUACCCUCGCCAUGAAGAAUUGCGAAUUCUUCGCACUCGAGUGAGCGAGAUGGCCGCGUCGAUUGCCCCAAACAGCGUAGUGGUUGAUCUUGGGAGCGCAAGCCUAGAAAAAGUCCUGCCAUUGCUAGAAGCAUUAGAGGCCGCUGAGAAGUACAUAACGUACUAUGCCCUGGAUCUAAGCUUUUCAGGACUUCAGUCAACGCUAGAAGCUAUUCCCGCCGAAAAGUUCAAUUUUGUCCGAUUUGGUGCAUUGCAUGGGACAUUCGAAGAUGGAGUGCACUGGCUCAAGGAAACAUCAGGAGUUCAGGACCUGCCACACACUCUACUGUUGUUCGGGCUGACUGUUGGCAAUUUCUCCCGCUCUAAUGCUGCCAAGUUUCUGCAAGGAAUAGCUGAUGGUGCCUUGACCGCUAAUCCGAGCCAAAGCUCUAUAUUAUUGAGCCUGGACAGCUGCAAAGUCCCGACCAAGGUGCUGCGUGCAUAUACAGCGGAAGGCGUUUGUCCCUUUGCCUUAGUAUCUCUUGACUAUGGAAAUACUCUGUUCGCUCAAGGCAAGGAGUCAAAGCCGGUUUUCAACGUUGGAGACUGGAAUUUUUUGAGUGAAUGGAAUUAUGUUCUCGGGAGGCAUGAGGCCUCUUUGAUCACGAAAGGCUAUAACGUGAGUCUAGGCGCCCCAUUGGACGGGAUCAUUGUUGAAAAGCAUGAAAAGAUCCGAUUCGGCUGUAGUUACAAGUAUGGCGCGGACGAACGACAGGAUUUGUUCAAAGCAGCAGGACUCAAUUCCGUCAAUGAGUGGUCGGAUGAGGGUUGCGAUGUUGCUUUCUAUCAACUACAACUAUGA